AUGGACGCCACCGACAAACUGAUGCCGGGGCCCGAGGGGAAGACCCCAAGGUCUUAUGAGGUCGAUAAAGGGCACAAAACGGAGAGCUAUCUGACGGCGAUUCAGGGCAACCCGAUCCCGCCUGGUCCCUCCAGUUCCGGCAUUCGCUACGAGCCGGCUUCAGAACGCGUGGCCCUCGCAGGUGUCCCACCCAAGCAAAAAGGCCAAAUCGGCAUCAGCGAGGCCGAGCUGUUGCCCUAUCGGGACGACGCUUUUUGGGUCGCGCUCAGAUGGAUCCUGUUCAUCCUGUUCUGGGUGCUGUGGAUUGGGAUGUUAAUCGUGGCGGUGUGUCUGGUGGCUCUAUCACCUGGAUGUGCCCUUAGACAUAGUCUUUCAUGGUGGCAACAAUCACUCGUCUAUAAUGUGUGGGUCCCCUCGUUCCAAGAUUCGGAUGGUGAUGGCCUGGGAGAUCUGCAGGGUCUCAUCCAGCGAUUGGACAACCUCAGAAAAAGCGGCGUGCAAACGGUGUGGCCAUCCCCCUUCCUCCUCUCCGACGGCUUUUCGAAUGCCGUCCGUGACCACCAUGCGCUUGAUGCUAAACUGGGGGUGAACCAGCUGGCCGAUGGGUUCUUGAAAGAGGCGCAUUCUAGGGACCUCCACGUCGUGCUCAGCCUUCCACUGGCCACGACCUCCACCCAACACGAUUGGUUUCUCCGCUCCCAGGCCGCCAGUAAACCCGAAAAUAAGGACUACAGUAAGUUCUACUACUGGCUGAGCCGUCCGCCCGGUUCCACACCACCACAAAUGGUCUCCGUACAUAAGAAUCUCUCGUACAUCCACGAACCGGGAAAUCCGAAGGCUGCACUUUUGAAUUGGAAAGAAGAUGCCGUGCGCCAUCAUAUGUUUGAAGUCCUCUCAUCUUGGAUCAAGCGGGGUGUCGACGGAUUCCACCUUACAGCUGUCGAAUACCUGGCGCGAAGCGCCGACUUUUCCAAACCGGAUUGGCCGGCGAUUCAACUGAUUCUGAAGGACGUGCGAAAACAUGUGGACACCUUUGCAACGGAGAGUGGCAUCGAGACAAAAAUUGCCCUUUUCGCGACGGCCGAGGGGGCUAGCGAGCGGUUGAAGCAGGAAUUGGCCGCUACUGGACUCGAUACCGUCAUUAAUUACGAGCUGACGAACGUAGAGAAAAACACGAAAGUGUGCCACAUCAACGAGCAAACGGUGGCCAUCUGCGCGCACGAGAUUCUAUCGGAUGUGCUGCUCUUCCAUUCGCUGAAUCCGGGCGUCUGGCCGCACUGGGAGCUGUCAAACGGUGUUGUAUCCCGUCUAUCUGCCCGCGCUGGCUCGCGAGCCCACGCCGAACUGCUUGUCCUCGUCCAGCUACUCCUUCCCGGCACCCAAUCGUUCUAUUACGGAGAAGAAAUCGGAAUGCGCGACCUGCCGAAUGGGACCCAGGUGCCAAUCCAACGAGGAGCAAUGCAGUGGGAUGACACCACGAAUUCCGGGUUCACCUCGAAGGCCCUCCCCGAUGUUCCGUCAAACCCUGACUUCCCAAAUGUCAACUGGGCGAAGCAAUGGGCCGCCGACAAAUCGUUCCUAAAAAUGUUUGCUCGAAUGGCCAAGUUGCGACAACGGGACGAGACGCUAUCCCAGGGCGAAACAAUCAUCGGUCCACUGGAGAGCCAUCAAGCCUUCCUCGUCGUCCGAUUCCCGCGUGAAAACGUCACCUCGGGCAACGUGUUUGUAUGCGCCGUCAACUUUGGCGUGUCGACGAUCACGCUAUCCUUGGAUACACUGCCACAUCAAGCUGGACUACCACAAGCACAGAUUGUGGCCUCGACCUCGAACGCGGCCAACUGGAAUCCCCGUUCGCCAUUGAAUCUUCCAGCCGGCCGAGGCCUCGAUCUGCCAGCCGAUACGGGCAUCGUCUUCAAAUACCCAAUGCCUGCCCUCACAACUGCCACCACUGAUCAC